GAUAUCGACGACUGUGAACCUCUUCCUUGCGAAAACAAUGCAACGUGUAACGACGGAGUAAAUAACUAUACUUGUACCUGUAUGGCUGGCUACGAGGGCUACAACUGUUCCAUCGGUAAGUUAGAUCAUUUUCCUUCCUAUUCCACAUAUUAGUAGAGAAGAAAGUUAAUUUUCCUGGAUUUAAUUCCCUUAUUUUGCCUUUAACUAGAUACAUAAUGAUCUAUAAAGAUGUAAGAAUGUGUUCAGUUUCUUCCUGAAAACGAGUUCUACAUUUUGCAUGAGAAACCUCGAUUUCGAGGAACAAAUUUGCCAUGCUCAACAUUCAUAUUUAUUCUCAGAUAUCAAUAAUUGUGACUAUACUUGUACCUGAAUGGCUUUUCUUAAAGGAGAACGCAGUGAUUCUAAAACGAAGUCAAAAGCUCUUUUCUUUUCUUACAGGAAGCCUGAAUUUUGGAUACAUAAACUAGGGCUCAAGUGCAAAUUGCAAAUUUUCCACCAUUUAUUUCUUUUUCUCAGAUAUCGACGACUGUGACCCUCUUCCUUGCGAAAACGGUGCAACUUGUCACGACGGAGUAAAUAACUACACUUGUACCUGUAUGGCUGGCUACGAAGGCUACAACUGUUCCAUAGGUAAGUUUGAUCAUUUUCCCUCCUAUUCCACCUGUUAAGAGAGAAGAAAGUUAUAUCCUCAAUUUAAUUCUUUAUCUUGCCCUUAACUAGACAUCCAAUGAUCUGUAGCGAUGUAAGCAUGUGUUCACUUUCUUUCCGAAAACGAGACAUAUAUUCUGCAAGAAUAACCUCGAUUUCGAAUGAAAAUUUUGUCAUGUUCAACAUUUACCUUUAUUUUCGGAUAUCAAUAAUAUCCAUCCUUCGGUUUCGCUUAAAGAAGAAACUCAGUAACUGUAACACGAAGUUGGAAGCUCUUUUCUUUCCGUACACGAAGCUUAGAUUUUGGAUAUAACCACAAGAGUUCGAGUGCAAAUUGCAAAUUUUUCUAUUGUACCUGAAUGGCUUCCCUUAAAGAAGAAAUACAGUGAUUCUCUGACGAAGUUAGAGGCUCAUUUUGUAUCUUAAACGAAGCCUGUAUUUUGGAUAUAUACACUGUUCGAGUGCAAAUUGCAAAUUUUCUACCGUUUAUUUCUCUUUCUCAGAUACCGACGACUGUGACCCUCUUCCUUGCGAAAACGGUGCAACUUGUAACGACGGAGUAAAUAACUACACUUGUACCUGUAUGGCUGGCUACGAGGGCUACAACUGUUCCAAAGGUAAGUGAGAUCAUUUUUCCCUCCUAUUCCACCUAUAAGUAGAGAAGAAAGUUAUAUUGUCCUGACUUUAAUUCCCUUAUUAUGCCUUUAACUAGAUACACAAUGAUCUAUAACGAUGUAAGAGUGUGUUCAGUUUCUUCCUGAAAACGAGUUCUACAUUUUGCAUGAGAAACCUCGAUUUCGAGGAACAAAUUUGCCAUGCUCAACAUUCAUAUUUAUUCUCAGAUAUCAAUAAUUGUGACUAUGCUUGUACCUGAAUGACUUCUCUUAAAGAAGAAAUACAGUGAUUCCAAAACGAAGUUAAAAGCUCUUUUCUUUUCUUACAGGAAGCCUGGACUUUGUAUACAUAAACUAAUGCUCGAGUGCAAAUUGCAAAAUUUCCACCAUUUAUUUCUCUUUCUCAGAUAUCGACGACUGUGACCCUCUUCCUUGCGAAAACGGUGCAACUUGUCACGACGGAGUCAAUAACUACACUUGUACCUGUAUGGCUGGCUACGGAGGCUACAACUGUUCCAUGGGUAAGCUAGAUCAUUUUCCCUCCUGUUCCACCUAUGAGAAGAGAAUAAAGUGAUAUUUUCCUGAAUUUAAUUAUUUUUCUUGCCUUUAAUUAGAAAUCCUAUGAUCGACAACGAUGUCAGAAUGUGUUCUGAGUCUUCCCGAAAAGGAAACCUACAUUUUGCAUUAAUAACCACGAUUUCGAGUAAAAAUUUGGCCCUGCUCAACAUUUAUCUUUAUUUUCAGAAAUCAAUACUUUGUGACUAUUAUUGUACCUGAAUAGCUUCUCUUAAAGAAGAAAUUACGUGAUUCUAAAACGAAGCUAUGAGCUCAUUUCUGUCCGUUCACAUAGACCGUAUUUUGGAUAUAUACACUAGAGUUCGAAUACAAAUUGCAAUUUUUCCACCGUUUAUUUCUCUUUUUCAGAUAUCGACGACUGUGACCCUCUUCCUUGCGAAAACGGUGCAACUUGUCACGACGGAGUAAAUAACUACACUUGUACCUGUAUGGCUGGUUACGAGGGCUACAACUGUUCAAUGGGUAAGUUAGAUCACUUUCCCUCCUAUUCCACCUGUUAGAAGAGAAGAAAGAUAUAUUCUCCUGAAUUUAAUUCUUUAUCUCGCCUUUAACUAGACAUCCAAUGAUCUAUAGCGAUGUAAGCAUGUGUUCACUUUCUUUCCGAAAACGAGACCUACAUUUUGCAUGAAUAACUUCGAUUUCGAAUGAAAAUUUUGUCAUGUUCAACAUUUACCUUUAUUUUCGGAUAUCAAUAAUAUCCAUCCUUCGGUUUUGCUUAAAGAAGAAACUCAGUAACUGAAACACGAAGUUGGAAGCUCUUUUCUUUCCGUACACGAAGCUCAGAUUUUGGAUAUAACCACAAGAGUUCGAGUGCAAAUUGCAAAUUUUUCUAUUAAUUAUUUCUGUUUUUAAGAUAUCGAUGACUGUCACCCUCUUCCUUGCGAAAACGGUGCAACUUGUCACGACGGAGUAAAUAACUAUACUUGUACCUGUAUGGCUGGUUACGAGGGCUACAACUGCUCCAUGGGUAACUUAGAUCAUUUUCCCUCCUAUCCGACCUAUUAGAAGAUAAGAAAAUUAUAUCGUCGUGAAUUUCAUUCCUUAUCUGGCCUUUAACUAGACAUCCAAUUAUCUACAACGAUGUUAAAAUGUGUUCUGAGUCUUCCCGAAAAAGAGUACUGCAUUUUGCAUGAAAAAGCUCGAUUUCAAAUGAAAAUUUUGCAUGCUCAACAUUUAUCUUUAUUUUCAGAUAUCAAUAUUUUGUGAAUAUUAUUGUACCUGAAUGGCUUCUCUUAAAGAAGAAAUACAGUGAUUCUCUGACGAAGUUAGAGGCUCAUUUUGUUUCUUACACGAAGCCUGUAUUUUGGAUAUAAACACUGUUCGAGGGCAAAUUGCAAAUUUUCUACCGUUUAUUUCUCUUUCUCAGAUACCGACGACUGUGACCCUCUUCCUUGCGAAAACGGUGCAACUUGUAACGACGGAGUAAAUAACUACACUUGUACCUGUAUGGCUGGCUACGAGGGCUACAACUGUUCCAAAGGUAAGUGAGAUCAUUUUUUCCCUCCUAUUCCACCUAUAAGUAGAGAAGAAAGUUAUAUUGUCCUGACUUUAAUUCCCUUAUUAUGCCUUUAACUAGAUACACAAUGAUCUAUAACGAUGUAAGAGUGUGUUCAGUUUCUUCCUGAAAACGAGUUCUACAUUUUGCAUGAGAAACCUCGAUUUCGAGGAACAAAUUUGCCAUGCUCAACAUUCAUAUUUAUUCUCAGAUAUCAAUAAUUGUGACUAUGCUUGUACCUGAAUGACUUCUCUUAAAGAAGAAAUACAGUGAUUCCAAAACGAAGUUAAAAGCUCUUUUAUUUUCUUACAAGAAGCCUUGAUUUUGGAUACAUAAACUCAAUCUCAAGUGCAAAUUGCAAAAUUUCCACCAUUUAUUUCUCUUUCUCAGAUAUCGACGACUGUGACCCUCUUCCUUGCGAAAACGGUGCAACAUGUCACGACGGAGUAAAUAAAUAUACUUGUACUUGUAUGGCUGGCUACGAGGGCUACAACUGUUCCAUAUGUAAGUUAGAUCACUUUCCCUCCUAUUCCACCUGUUAAGAGAGAAGAAAGAUAUACUCUCCUGAAUUUAAUUCUUUAUCUCGCCUUUAACUAGACAUCCAAUGAUCUAUAGCGAUGUAAGCAUGUGUUCACUUUCUUUCCGAAAACGAGGCCUAUAUUUUUGCAUGAAUAACCUCGAUUUCGAAUGAAAAUCUUGCCAUGUUCAACAUUUACCUUUAUUUUCAGAUAUCAAUAAUAUCCAUCCUUCGGUUUUGCUUAAAGAAGAAACUCAGUAACUGCAAGACGAAGUUGGAAGCUCUUUUCUUUCCGUACACGAAGCUCAGAUUUUGGAUAUAACCUUAAGAGUUCGAUUGAAAAUUGGAAGCUUUUUCAUUAUUUAUUUCUGUUUUUAAGAUUUAGAUGUCUGUAACCCUUCUUUUUGCGAAAACGGUGCAACUUGUACUGAUGCAGGAGUAAAUAACUACACUUGUACCUGUAUGGCUGGCUACGAGGGCUACAACUGUUCCAUAGGUAACUUAGAUCAUUUUCCCUCCUAUUCCACCUAUUAGUAGAGAAGAAAAGGAUAUUGUCCUGAAUUUCAUUCCUUAUCUUGCCUUAAACUAGACAUCCAAUGAUCUACAACGAUUUUAGAAUGCGUUCUGGGUCUUUCCGAAAAAAGUCGUGCAUUUUUCUUGAAAAAGCUCGAUUUCAAGUGAAAAUUUUGCCAUGCUCAACAUUUAUCUUUAUUUUCAGAUAUCAAUAUUUUAUGAAUAUUACUGUGCCUGAAUGGCUUCUCCUAAAGAAGAAAUUAAGUGACACUAAAACGAAGUUUGAAGCUCAUUCAUUUGCGUAAACGUCGCCUGUAUUUUGAGUAUAAACACAGUUCGAAUAAAAAUUGCAAAUUUUUCUACCGUUUAUUUCUCUUUUUCAGAUAUCGACGACUGUGACCCUCUUCCUUGCGAAAACAAUGCAACGUGUAAUGACGGAGUAAAUAACUAUACUUGUACCUGUAUGGCUGGCUACGAGGGCUACAACUGUUCCAUAGGUAAGUUGGUUCAUUUUCCUCCCUAUUACACCUAUCAAUAAAGAAGAAAGUUAAAUUGUCCUGAAUUUUAAUUCCUUAUCUUGCUUUUAACAAUACAUACGAUGAUCUAUAACGAUGUUAGAAUGUGUUUACUUUUUUCCCGAAAACGAGACCUACAUUUUGCAUGAACAACCUCGAUUUCCCGUGAAACGUUUCAAUGGUCAACAUUUAUCUUUAUUUUCAGAUAUCAAUAAUUGUGACUAUGCAUGUCCCUGUAUGGCUGCACUGACUCUAAAACGAAGUUGGAAGCUCUUUUCUUUUCGUACACGAAGCCUGGAUUUUGUAUAUAUACACUAGAGUUCGAGUGCAAAUUGCAAAUUCUUCACCGUUUAUUUCUCUUUUACAGAUAUCGACGACUGCUACACUGAUCCUUGCGAAAACGGUGCAAAUUGUACCGACGAAGUAAAUGACUAUAACUGUACCUGUAUGGAUGGCUACGAGGGCAAGAAUUGUUCCCAAGGUAUGAAACAUCAUUUUUCUUAUAGGUUACAUCACUGUAGAGAGUAAGGUUACAAAUGUUUGGUUUAGUGAUCAUUCGGUUUCUCUCUAAGAAAUUUUAAAUUCCUUAUCUUGCUUUUAACUAUACACACGAUGAUCUAUAACGAUGUUAGAAUGUGUUUUCGUUUUUCCCGAAAACGAGACCUACAUUUUGCAUGAAUAACUUCGGUUUCCUGUGAAACGCUUGCCAUGUUCAACAUUUAUCUUUAUUCUCAGAUAUUAAUAAUUAUGACUAUGCAUGUCCCUGUAUGGCUUCUCUUAAAGAAGAAACGCAAUGACUCAAAAACGAAGUUGGAAGCUCAUUUCUUUUCUCACACGAAAACUUGACUUCGGAUAUAUACACAGACGUUCGAGUGCAAAUUGUAAAUUUUCCUCCAUUUACUCUCUCUUUCAGAUAUCGACGACUGUAAUUCUUAUCCUUGCGAAAACGGUGCGACGUGUAGGGAUGCAGGAGUAAAUAACUAUACUUGUACCUGUAAGGAUGGCUACGAGGGCAUAAAUUGUUCCCAAGGUAUGAUACAUCAUUUUUCUUCUAGGCCACAUCACUGUGGAGAGUAAAGUUACAUAGGUUCGGUUUAGUGAUCCCUUCGGUUUCUCUUAAAGAAGAAACGCAGUGACUCUAAAACGAAGUUGGAAGCUCAUUUCUUUUCGCAUACGAAAACUUGAUUUCGGAUAUAUAUAUAUAUACACAAGAAAAGAGGGAUGUACUCGUAAGGCUGGCUACGAUGGCAAGAACUGUUCCCAAAGUAAGUUAGAUCAUUUUUCCUCCUAUUCCACCCAUUAGCAGAGAAGAAAGUUAAACUGUCCUGAAUUUAUCUCCUUAGCUUACCUUUAACUAGACACACAUUGAUCUAUAACGAUGUUCCAAUGUGUUUUUCUUCCCGAAAACGAGAUCUAAAUUUUGCACGAAUAGCCGGUUUCGAGUGAUAAAAUUUGCCAUGUUCAACAUUUAUCUUAAUAAGCGGCAAAUUUGAGAUGUUCGACGUUGAUUUAUAUUUUUUCAGAUAUCGACGACUGUGACUCUAAUCCUUGUGAAAACAAUGCAACUUGUGUUGAUGAAGUAAAUGACUAUACUUGUAACUGUACGGUUGGCUACUUUGGCAAGAACUGUUCGCAAAGUAUGAUACUUCAUAUAUUAUAUCCUAGUCUGUUUCUUUUUAAGAGAUUUCGGUUGCAUUCUCGUAAAUGGUUUAAAAGCCUUUUCUUUUCUCCGAGGUAAAUGUCACAAUGAUUAAACUCAAACUUGGAAUUUGUCUUUCUCACAUAAUGGAAACCUAUAUUUCUUAACUUUGCACCCAUGUUUAGGCGGCAAAUUUGAGAUUUUCGACUUCGAUUUGCAUUUUUUUCAGAUGUAAACUACUGUGAACCUGAACCUUGCGAAAACGGUGCAACUUGUACUAUUGAAGUAAAUGACUAUAGUUGUACCUGUACGACUGGCUACGAGGGCAAGAACUGUUCUCGAGGUAUGAUAUAUCAUUUCCUUCUAGAUCACAUCCUUGUAGAUAAUGAGGUUACAUAAGUUUGGUUAAGCCAUUCUUCGGUUUCUCUUAACCGAAAUUUUUUCCGCCGUUUAUUUCUCUUUUUCAGAUAUCGACGACUGUGUUUCUAAUCCUUGCGAAAACGAGGCAAAUUGUACCGAUGCAGGAGUAAAUAACUAUACUUGUACCUGUGUGGCUGGCUACGAGGGCAAGAACUGUUCCCAAAGUAUAAUACAUCAUUUCCCUUUUAGUUCACAUAAUUAUAAAUAAUAAGGUUACAUAGGUUUGGUUUUGCCAUCCUUCGGUAUCUCUUAAAGAAGAAAAAUAGAGACUCUAAAACGAAGUUGGAAGCUGUUUUCUUUUCAUACAAGAAGUGUAUAAUUUGGACAUAUACACUAGAGUUCGAGUGCAUAUUGCAAAUUUUCCACCAUUUAUUUCUCUUUUUUCAGACAUCGACGACUGUCACCCUAAUCCUUGUAAAAACGGUGCAAAUUGUACCGACAGAGUAAAUAACUAUACUUGUACCUGUAUGGCUGGCUACAAGGGCCCCAACUGUUCCAUAGGUAAGUUGGAUCAUUUUCCUCCCGAUUACACCUAUCAAUAAAGAAGAAAGUAAAAUUGUCCUGAAUUUUAAUUCCUUAUCUUGCUUUUAACAAUAUACACGAUGAUCUAUAACGAUGUUAAAUGUGUUUACUUUUUUCCCGAAAACGAGACCUACAUUUUGCAUGAACAACCUCGAUUUCCUGUGAAACGUUUUCAAUGUUCAACAUCUAUCUUUAUUUUCAGAUAUCAAUAAUUGCGACUAUGCAUGUCCCUGUAUGGCUUCUCUUAAAGAAGAAAUGCACUGACUCUAAAACGAAGUUGGAAACUCUUUUCCUUUCGUACACGAAGCCUGGAUUUUGUAUAUAUACACUAGAGUUCGAGUGCAAAUUGCAAAUUCUUCACCGUUUAUUUCUCUUUUACAGAUAUCGACGACUGCUACACUGAUCCUUGCGAAAACGGUGCAAAUUGUACCGACGAAGUAAAUGACUAUAACUGUACCUGUAUGGAUGGCUACGAGGGCAAGAAUUGUUCCCAAGGUAUGAAACAUCAUUUUUCUUAUAGGGUUACAUCACUGUAGAGAGUAAGGUUACAUAUGUUUGGUUAAGUGAUCCUUCGGUUUCUCUCUAAGAAAUUUUAAAUUCCUUAUCUUGCUUUUAACUAUACACACGAUGAUCUAUAACGAUGUUAGAAUGUGUUUUCGUUUUUCCCGAAAACGAGACCUACAUUUUGCAUGAAUAACCUCGGUUUCCUGUGAAACGCUUGCCAUGUUCAACAUUUAUCUUUAUUUUCAGAUGUCAAAAAAUUGUGACUAUGCAUGUCCCUGUAUGGCUUCUCUUAAAGAAGAAACGCAAUGACUCGAAAACGAAGUUGGAAGCUCUUUUCUUUUCUCACACGAAAACUUGAUUUCGGAUAUAUACACAGACGUUCGAGUGCAAAUUGUAAAUUUUCCUCCAUUUAUUUCUCUCUUUCAGAUAUCGACGACUGUAAUUCUUAUCCUUGCGAAAACGGUGCGACGUGUAGGGAUGCAGGAGUAAAUAACUAUACUUGUACCUGUAAGGAUGGCUACGAGGGCAUAAAUUGUUCCCAAGGUAUGAUACAUCAUUUUUCUUCUAGGCCACAUCACUGUGGAGAGUAAAGUUACAUAGGUUCGGUUUAGUGAUCCCUUCGGUUUCUCUUAAAGAAGAAACGCAGUGACUCUAAAACGAAGUUGGAAGCUCAUUUCUUUUCGCAUACGAAAACUUGAUUUCGGAUAUAUAUAUAUAUACACAAGAAAAGAGGGAUGUACUCGUAAGGCUGGCUACGAUGGCAAGAACUGUUCCCAAAGUAAGUUAGAUCAUUUUUCCUCCUAUUCCACCCAUUAGCAGAGAAGAAAGUUAAACUGUCCUGAAUUUAUCUCCUUAGCUUACCUUUAACUAGACACACAUUGAUCUAUAACGAUGUUCCAAUGUGUUUUUCUUCCCGAAAACGAGAUCUAAAUUUUGCACGAAUAGCCGGUUUCGAGUGAUAAAAUUUGCCAUGUUCAACAUUUAUCUUAAUAAGCGGCAAAUUUGAGAUGUUCGACGUUGAUUUAUAUUUUUUCAGAUAUCGACGACUGUGACUCUAAUCCUUGUGAAAACAAUGCAACUUGUGUUGAUGAAGUAAAUGACUAUACUUGUAACUGUACGGUUGGCUACUUUGGCAAGAACUGUUCGCAAAGUAUGAUACUUCAUAUAUUAUAUCCUAGUCUGUUUCUUUUAAGAGAUUUCGGUUGCAUUCUCGUAAAUGGUUUAAAAGCCUUUUCUUUUCUCCGAGGUAAAUGUCACAAUGAUUAAACUCAAACUUGGAAUUUGUCUUUCUCACAUAAUGGAAACCUAUAUUUCUUAACUUUGCACCCAUGUUUAGGCGGCAAAUUUGAGAUUUUCGACUUCGAUUUGCAUUUUUUUCAGAUGUAAACUACUGUGAACCUGAACCUUGCGAAAACGGUGCAACUUGUACUGUUGAAGUAAAUGACUAUAGUUGUACCUGUACGACUGGCUACGAGGGCAAGAACUGUUCUCGAGGUAUGAUAUAUCAUUUCCCUUCUAGAUCACAUCCUUGUAGAUAAUGAGGUUACAUAAGUUUGGUUAAGCCAUUCUUCGGUUUCUCUUAACCGAAAUUUUCCGCCGUUUAUUUCUCUUUUUCAGAUAUCGACGACUGUGUUUCUAAUCCUUGCGAAAACGAGGCAAAUUGUACCGAUGCAGGAGUAAAUAACUAUACUUGUACCUGUGUGGCUGGCUACGAGGGCAAGAACUGUUCCCAAAGUAUAAUACAUCAUUUCCCUUUUAGUUCACAUAAUUAUAAAUAAUAAGGUUACAUAGGUUUGGUUUUGCCAUCCUUCGGUUUCUCUUAAAGAAGAAAAAUAGAGACUCUAAAACGAAGUUGAAAGCUGUUUUCUUUUCAUACAGGAAGUCUAUAAUUUGGACAUAUGCACUAGAGUUCGAGUGCAAAUUGCAAAUUUUUCUACCGUUUAUUUCUCUUUUUCAGAUAUCGACGACUGUGACCCUCUUCCUUGCGAAAACAAUGCAACGUGUAAUGACGGAGUAAAUAACUAUACUUGUACCUGUAUGACUGGCUACAAGGGCCCCAACUGUUCCAUAGGUAAGUUGGAUCAUUUUCCUCCCUAUUACACCUAUCAAUAAAGAAAAAAGUAAAAUUGUCCUGAAUUUUAAUUCCUUACUUGCUUUUAACAAUACCCACGAUGAUCUAUAACGAUGUUAAAUGUGUUUACUUUUUUCCCGAAAACGAGACCUACAUUUUGCAUGAACAACCUCGAUUUCCUGUGAAUCGUUUGCAAUGUUCAACAUUUAUCUUUAUUUUCAGAUAUCAAUAAUUGCGACUAUGCAUGUCCCUGUAUGGCUUCUCUUAAAGAAGAAAUGCACUGACUCUAAAACGAAGUUGGAGGCUCUUUUCUUUCCGUACACGAAGCCUGGAUUUUGUAUAUAUACACUAGAGUUCGAGUGCAAAUUGCAAAUUCUUCACCGUUUAUUUCUCUUGUACAGAUAUCGACGACUGCUACCUUGAUCCUUGCGAAAACGGUGCAAAUUGUACCGACGGAGUAAAUGACUAUACCUGUACCUGUAUGGAUGGCUACGAGGGCAAGAAUUGUUCCCAAGGUAUGAAACAUCAUUUUUCUUCUAGGUUACAUCAGUGUAGAGAGUAAGGUUACAUAUGUUUGGUUAAGUGAUCCUUCGGUUUCUCUCUAAGAAAUUUUAAAUUCCUUAUCUUGCUUUUAACUAUACACACGAUGAUCUAUAACGAUGUUAGAAUGUGUUUACUUUUUUCCCGAAAGCGAGACCUACAUUUUGCAUGGAUAACCUCGGUUUCCUGUGAAACGCUUGCCAUGUUCAACAUUUAUCUUUAUUUUCAGGUAUCAAUAAUUGUGAGUAGGCAUGUCCCUGUAUAGCUUCUCUUAAAGAAGAAACGCAAUGACUCAAAAACGAAGUUGGAAGCUCAUUUCUUUUCUCACACGAAAACUUGAUUUCGGAUAUAUACACAGACGUUCGAGUGCAAAUUGUAAAUUUUCUACUAUUUAUUUCUCUUUUUCAGAUAUCGACGACUGUGACCCUAAUCCUUGCGAAAACGGUGCAAGUUGUACCGAUGGAGUAAAUAACUAUACUUGUACCUGUAUGGCUGGUUACGAGGGCAAGAACUGCUCCCAAAGUAUGAUUCAUCAUUUCUUCCUUCUAAAAUAAGUUUUGGAGCUUAAGGUUACAUACUUGUUGACUAACAUUCUCUGCUUUAUCCUACAUGGAGGACAAAAUGAAUUUAAAGAAACUUGUCGUCGUUCAAAAAUUGUUCUCGAUGACUCAAUGUGAUACUAAUCCUUACCAAAACGGAGGAACCCGUACAGAUUAAACACAUGGCUAUAAAUGUGCAUGUGUGGCUGGUUACAAUGGAGCAGACUGCGAAAACAAUAUGAUAGUUUGUCAACAAAAUUCUUGCUAAUCUAGCCAAGUUAGAUACUAAUGAUGAGAAUUCCUUUUGGCUGCUGGAAUGUUCAAUUUACACCUCACAUGUAAAUUAAUUAAGGGAAGGGUGGAAGAUCUAAUGCGUAUAUUGUUUGUGUUGUAACCAUUAUUCAGAUGUGGAUGAAUGCGCUUCCAAUCCUUGCCAAAACGGGACCUGUAUGGACGGGAUAAAUGAUUAUACCUGCAACUGUACAGUCGGAUUUAUUGGGAAAAACUGCGACCACGGUAUGAUAGUU